ACCUCCCUGCCCCCCAACCCCUCCCUCGACUUCUGGUCCUGGUCCGCCCUCUCCCUCCAAUACCUCGGCCCCGUCCCCUCCCAACCCUUACAAUCCCACCACGUCCUCCCCAUCCUCAUGCACCACUUUGGCUGCGCCACACCCUCCCACGAAGCCCUCUCCAUCAUCCGCCUGCUCGCCUCCGGCCGCGCGGUAGCAGACAUUGGGUCCGGGAACGGGUACUGGACGCACAUGCUCCGCGCUUACAACCUCACGGUGUACCCGGUGGAUAACCUCCAAUCAGAGUGGCGGACGAACUGGGUGUCCGAUACGAUCCCCUCCGACGGCGUCUCCUUUCUUACCUCCCAUCAGGGCGGGAAAGAUAUGGUGAUGCUAUUAGUCUACCCCGUCGUAGGCGGCUCCGUCGCGGGCGGGACGGAAGGGAGUUUCACGCGCGGGUUGGUGGAGGCGUAUAAAGGCGAUACGAUUGCCGUCGUCGGAACGCAGAAUGGGAACGGGUAUACGGGCUUUAAAGGGAUGACAAUGGCGGAGUAUAUGGCGAAAGAACAGCCCGACUGGGUGAGGGUGGUACAGAUUCCGCUGCCGAGUUUCGCGGGGAAAGAUGAAGCGUUGUUCGUUUUUCAGAGGGGGGAGAGGGCGCCGCCUAGGGAUGGGGGGUCGGGAAAGGAGGACGAGGGGGUGAAGGAUGCGUAG